AUGCCGAAAGGAAGAAAGCAGCGUGGAAAAAAGCACUCCUCGAAGCAGGAUCCUGAAACAGAAGAGGCCCAUAUUGAGGUAGACAACCUAGUUCCUUCUGAAACCGUUGAAGAAGGACAAGAAGAAAAUGGAUUUCAGGUCAAUCCUUACACAAAGGCGCCCGUGCAACCGUUCCUCGGUGCAUUAGAUCCAGAAGAAGAAAAGUAUUUUCAAGAAGCCGAAAAAGCUUUCGUGAAUCAUUUUACGCGCGACAAUGAGGAGACACGAUAUUUUAUCGACAGCGUUUACCGUGAAAUAAAAGGAAAAGAAUUGAUAGUUUUAAAUAAUGUGUUUGGUUCCAAGGUACUAGAGCAUAUGUUUCCUUUGGCAACAACUAGCCAGAUUAAGUCUGUCUUUUCAUCCUUGAAUGGUCAUUAUUUAGAAAUUGUUCAAACCACAUUUGGUUCUUAUGCCUUUGAAAAGCUCUUGAGCCAUAUGGCGGAAAUUGUUGAUUUAGAAACAAAAGGAGCUUUGGACAAUGAUGAAGAAAUGCUGGAAGGAGAAGAUCAAGUGUUCAGCACGGCAGAGUCGCUAGUGAUGUACAUGUGCAAUGAAAUACGACCAGAUUUCUCUUUGCUUAUCAACCAUAAGCUUGCUGUGCACGUCCUCCAUAAAAUCCUUAUGUUAUUAGAUGGAUAUCGAUUUGUUUACGCUGAAGGUCGACGCGAAUCCAUGGUACAUAUACGUGUCCCUGAAACUUUUCCUCAAUUUGCAUAUUCCAUCAUUGAUAGUGCAGUGGAGAACUUGAGUACUUCAGAACUGCGUAAUUAUUGUGUGGAUCGCUAUGCUUCUAAAAUAAUGCAAGCAUUCGUUCGUAUCGACUUUGAGCGUGCACAAGGUGGCAAAAAGAAAAAGGCAGCUCCUUUAGCUGAUAAAUUACUACUCUCUUCGGAUAACAAUCUGAAGGAACUACCAUUUCUUGAUACCUUACUGAAAGACGAAGCUGCAUCCCGUAUUUUGGAGAUCAUUAUUGAGAAGAUGCCGAAUUCCCAAAUCCCAAGGUUCCGGGAAGCUUGGGAAGGCCGCUUUUAUCGACUUUGUGUGCACCCAAUUGCCAAUUUCGUCAUGCAACACUACAUCAAGCGACUUCCUUUGGAAGAACUUGGAUAUGUGGUACAGGAGUUGAAACAGGGUUCCGAUAAUGUGGUACGUAAAUCAUUUUUGGCAGUCUUGAAGACUCUCUUACAAAGAUGCAAUACUCUUCAAGCUUACCAGCAUGAAUUGGCUUCUUUAAUUUUUGCGUCUGCCGAGGAAAAGGAAAAGAAGCAAAACAUAAUUCCUAUCCUUUUGCGCUCAAAGCACAAAAGAGACGUCAACAAUCCCGAAAAUAAGAGAAAGCUGGUCAACAAUAUGCUGGGUGCACAGUUAUUAGAAGAGUUUCUUAAUGGUCCCAAGGAAUAUGUUGAAGUGAUUUUGAACAAUGUGUUGGAACUCUCUCAUGAACAACUUAUGGAAUAUUGUCAAGAAAGUGUGUCUUCUCGUUUGAUAGAAAAUAUCUUGGAUUGGCCAGACCUAGAUCUCAUUUUCCGGAAGAAGUUUUUGAAUCUGCUCUCAAAUACGAUUGUUGAGUUGUCCAUAUCAGCAUCGGGUUCUCACAUCGUUGACAAACUUUGGAAAGUGUCACGUGGUUUACCUCUUUACAGAACGCGUAUUGUUCAGGAACUUGUUCAAGGCGGUGACCAAGUUAAAUUCGACUUUUACGGUAAAAAGGUAUGGUCAAAUUGGAAAGCGGAGCUAUUUCGCCGUGCUCCAGACGAGUGGUAUCGGUUUAUGAAGGAGGAUGAGCCUGUGAAACGAGUUCACGAGAAAGCUCGCAAUAUGCCAGGGCUGUCUGCGAAUUCACAGCCACUACGGAAAAGACCAAACAUGGAAGAAAGCGCAAACGAAACAGAAAAACGUGUUCGGGCUUAG